AUGUACAAAGAAAUAGAAAAUCAUACUACUCUGGAGUUGAGGAAUGGGUAUAAAGUACUAACAUCACUCAAUGAGCAAGAUGAUACUGAGGAAAUGGCUGAUAAUAUUCAGCAAGAAUCAAAUAUAGAGAAGCAGACACCAAUUCAAGAUCAAGUAGAUGAAGCAUUGGAUAAGUUGGAGGAAGUGUCAGCUGAUGAUACUCAGGUGAUAUCUGUGGUGUGUCAUGUUGGCACCAAUGAUUCAGGCAAUCAUAAUUGUGAAUACAUCAUUUCACAAACCAAGAAAAUAGUCAGCACUGGAAAAAGAAGAUUUCCCAAAGCAAAAAUAGGAAUAUCAGCAAUUCUACCAAGAGGAGGAAAUGUUGGUAUCAAUAAUGAUAUCAAGCACAUAAAUGAUGAAGUGAAAAACUACUGUCACAAACAAGACUGUGUAUUNNUAGCCCAUCAUAAACUAUCACUCAGCAAACAUUUAUUUGCUGAUGAUGGGAUUCAUAUCAAUACUGAUGGUGUCAAACUAUUAGUAGCAGAUAUGAAAAGGUCGAUGAGGGGAAAGGAUACCAAAAACAGAUCACACUAUCAACACAGAGACAGACAUCCAGCAAGUCAGCCAGUCAGUCAGCUAAUCUACAGAUGUAACAACAGACACCAUUAUGUAAGAAACGAAAAUACCACAAGAAAAUAUCAACCUGCAAACAGACAGCGAGAGGAACCAGCAGCCGCCAGUGUAUAA